UUGCUUUCCAGCUCUCGCCGGCCGGCGGCAGAUUGUGCCGUGGCUACCGCAAUUGCGGCUGUUCUUUGGUAUCCUUCCUGGGCUCGGCAAACCAGGACUUUUUCCGCGGCUUGGGCUGGGUGAGAAGGAGGCUGGGAACAUCCGCCCAGCGGCCCCGGAGGUCUGUUAAGCUGCCGGUCUCGGUCUCAGCGGGGCUCCGCUCGAGGGGCUGCGGCGGUUUGUGGCGGCGACGCCCGGCAUGUAUCAGAGCCCGCGGCGGCUCUGUUCGGCUCUGCUGCAAAGGGACGCGCCCGGCCUGCGCCGCCUGCCCGCCCCCGGGCUGCGCCGCCAGUCCCCCCCGCAGGUGGCCGCCUCCCGGCCUGCGUCCCCCCGGCUCCUGGAGGCGGCCUGGGCGGUCUCCGGCGCCGCGAGGUCGAGUUCCCGAGCAGGUUUCCUUGGGCCCAAGGUUGGUGAGCUCCAGCAGCCCUCAGCGUGUUCCAUGGGAAACGGUACGAGCAGACUCUAUAGUGCUCUCGCCAAGACACUGAACAGCAGCACUGCCUCCCAGCACCCAGAGUAUUUGGUGUCACCUGACCCAGAACAUCUGGAGCCCAUUGAUCCUAAAGAGCUCCUCGAGGAAUGCAGGGCUGUCCUGCACACUCGACCUCCUCGGUUCCAGAGGGAUUUUGUGGGUCUGAGGACAGAUUGCCCCAGUAGCCACCCACCUAUUAGGGUCAUGCAGUGGAACAUCCUCGCCCAAGCUCUUGGAGAAGGCAAAGACAACUUUGUACAAUGCCCAGUUGAAGCACUCAAGUGGGAAGAAAGAAAAUGUCUCAUCCUAGAAGAAAUCCUAGCCUAUCAGCCUGAUAUAUUGUGCCUCGAAGAGGUGGACCACUAUUUUGACACCUUUCAACCACUCCUCAGUAGACUAGGCUAUCAAGGCACUUUUUUCCCCAAGCCCUGGUCGCCUUGUCUAGAUGUAGAGCACAACAAUGGACCAGAUGGCUGUGCCUUGUUUUUUCUCCAAAACCGAUUCAAGCUAGUCAACAGUGCUAAUAUUCGGCUGACAGCCAUGACUUUGAAAACCAAUCAGGUGGCCAUUGCACAGACACUAGAGUGCAAGGAGUCAGGUCGCCAGUUCUGUAUUGCUGUCACCCACUUAAAAGCUCGCACUGGCUGGGAGCAGUUCCGAUCAGCUCAAGGCUGUGACCUUCUCCAGAACCUGCAGAGUAUCACCCACGAAGCCAAGAUUCCCCUAAUUGUUUGUGGGGAUUUCAAUGCAGAGCCAACAGAGGAGGUCUACAAACUCUUUGCUUCCUCCAGCCUCAACCUGAAUAGCGCCUACAAGCUGCUGAGUGCCGAUGGGCAGUCGGAACCUCCAUAUACCACCUGGAAGAUCCGGAUCUCAGGGGAGUGCCGGCACACCCUGGAUUAUAUCUGGUAUUCCAAACAUGCUCUAAGUGUGAGGUCAGCUCUUGAUUUGCUCACUGAAGAACAGAUUGGACCCAACCGACUACCAUCCUUCCAUUAUCCUUCAGACCACCUGUCUCUAGUGUGUGACUUCAGCUUUAAUGAGGAAUCUGAUGAACUUUUAUGAGCACGUCUGUGUUUUUUUAAUAACAAGAGUCUUAAACAGGGAUGUUUCAGGAAACUGAAGCAGGAUAAGAAGUUGCUUGAGGAAGGAGUCUUAGUUUCUCUGACUUCACUUUCCAUGUUUCCAGCAUGCCUUGGGAAGGGAUCCCAUUGGUUCAUAAAUGUUUUUGAUUUUUUAUUAAACCCUACAGAAAAAAAAAAGGUGUUUGCACUCCAGUUUUGGCUUGUAUUGCUUUCUUUCCCUUAGCAUUACAUAUUGCUAAUUUAAAGGCAUUAAAUUAAGCUUGUUUUGAAGCUUUUUCAGUUUGAGGAUGCUAUAAAAACUUAGACUUGCCUGAGUUCUCCAUAAUUAACAAUAGGUAUGCAGGAGCAAUUUUUCUAGGCAGCAUUUCAGGUUAUUUAUUUGUGGUGUCUUUAAAUGUCAACAAAAAAUAUCAUGGGAAUAUUUAUUUUUUAUAUCUUCAUGUAAAAUUAAAUAAAUUUGACAUGAACAUUUUAAUGUUCAUAAUACAAGUUAUAGGGAGAGUAAUUUAUAGUAACUUUCUUAAAGCUUUAAUGUUUCAUUUGGGAUCUAACAAAAUAGUGGUGUACAAAACCUGAAGGGGUUUUGUUAUUUAAGUGGAGGUAUCACAUCUCCUUGAUACAGUCUUCAUAAAUAAUCCUUGCUGUGGCUCCAUGUCCCCCAUUAUUGUGUUUCUGGAAGUAAUGCCAUGGUCAACCAGUCUUCAUUAUUUAUUCACUAUUAUACAUUUAUACUUUUCCAUUGGAAUGCUAUUGGUAUACAUUUGAGGUCACUCAAUUUCAUUAUUAUUUGUACUGGAAUGUGCUUUUCACAAUAGGUAAUUUAGGAGCUGUUAUUAUGUGGCCAUGGCUAAGAAAGUCUUUUCAGAGAUGGGAAACUAGAAAGCCUGUUAAAUGGGACUGUCAUUAACAUUUCCUAAGACAGCCAGAUGACCAUGUGGGUCAAAUGUCUAGAAAGAAGAAUGUAAAGUCAGAAAAGGAAUCUGGAAUUCUCUUCCAUCAGAAAUAAAAGUGGUAAAGAAAACAGAUAAAUCUCCCAAAAAUCCCAACAAAAUAACCUAUUGGUAAUAAAUUGAUAACUAUUUUAAUCCCUGAGUUGUAAAUAUUUAAGAUUAAUAAAUGGUCUUUUAAACUA